AUGCCAUUCCUCAACGGGACCGAAUUGAUCGCCGAAAAACCUGGCUUUGAGAAGCUCGUGGAGGACCUUAGUUCUGCGCUAGGUCCAAGCUCGGGUCUGGAUUCUAGCGAUGUCGAUCCUAUGGAGAUACAACUGUUGAUGGGGAAAUACGUCUCGAAUUCGGAUGAAUGGGCUCCAUAUGCGUUGGGCGACUCGAGUAGGACAUACACAAGGAACCUGAUUGAUGAAGGAAAUGGCAAGAGUAAUUUGCUGAUUCUCGUAUGGAGCCCUGGGAAAGGGAGUACAAUUCAUGACCAUGCCAACGCACACUGCGUGAUGAAGAUCCUAAAAGGAAAACUGCAAGAAGAUCUAUACUCAUGGCCCGACCAAGAGCAGAUCGAGAAUGGCCAAAGCUCACCACCACAACUCACCAAGCAAACAACCUACGGCGAAAACCAGGUCACCUACAUGUCUGACAAGCUUGGUCUGCAUCGGAUAUCCAAUCCGGACCAGGAUAACUUUGCUAUCUCACUCCAUCUUUACACACCACCUAACGCCGCAAUCCAUGGAUUCUGCACCUAUGAUGAACGAACUGGCAAGGCCAGGCAUAUCAAGCAGACCAACUAUUAUUCGUUCCGCGGUCAGCGGCUCGACGAUGGACAGAAGUAG